UUAUUUAAAAAUAUUGAAAAUGGAGACCCCCACAAAUGUGUUCAAAAGCCGAGAUUCGAUAGAUUAUCAGCUUCAAAUCAUCCUUGAUGAAGAAAUAGAGUACAAUGUUGGUAAGCAAGACUUUCAAGAAUUUAAAUAAGCUCGCUAAGGGAAGACAACGAAUGGAUAUCAGAAUGACACAUUAUUCAGGCUGACCGCAAAAGAUGUUAUACUAUUUGGUGCUUCUAUGAGUAAUUGUGUUUCAAAUAUGGGUGAUAAAGAGUAAUAAAUUCACAGUUUUAUCACUUCUAAAAUUUACGGGCUUCUACUGAGUUUACGUGAAAUUUCAUAAUACCAUCCACCAGACAAUGUUCUCGCUGUUUAACCUGUUCACUAAAAUUAUUCCUGUUCCGUUUUUAUCAACUUUGUAUGUACAAACUGAAAGUCUGAUACUCUCUAAGCAAGUAGGCAUUCAGAUGGAGAAGCUCUACUUUUCAGGGAAAGUAGAGAGGCUCUUUGUUGAUACUGGAAAAAGUAAUGGUAUUAACAAGUACCGUGAUGUGAUUAUUAAUGAAGCUAUUACACCCUGGCAAACUUAUUAUCACUUGGCUAUUGUAAUUGAUAAGCAUGAGAAGUUAUUGGUUCCAUUCUUUGCGAUAAGUCCGAGAUAUGAAGUUCUGAAGGUGAUUUACCGGCAUUUUAAAUACUUCAUGCAGGAUUGUUAAAAUUUUGAUAAGACAUUUCUAGGCAGCAAAUUUU